AGCUCAAUAUGGAAAAUGAAUCCAUGAGUGUAAUCAAUGCAGUAAGUCUGGACCCGUUCUAUAUUCCACCACGAGGAAGGUACCCCAUAUUCUUCCUGGGUGUCAUGAUCUAUCUGUUUGCCAUAUUCUGCAACAUGACCUUGCUGGCUCUGAUCAUAUUCGAGAGGAAGCUGCACACUCCCAUGUACUUCCUCCUGUUUAGCUUGCCUCUCAACGACCUGGUGGGCAUAACGGCUAUGCUCCCCAAGGUGCUCGCCGACAUUGUCACAGGAACCAGAAAGGUGACCUACCAGCUGUGUGUGCUGCAGGCUUUCCUCCUCCACAUGUACGGAGGGGGAGUGCUGUUCAUCCUGGCCGCCAUGGCGUUCGACCGCUACAUGGCCAUCUGCAGGCCCCUGAGGUACCGCUCAGUGAUGUCGGUCCGGACCGUAGUGUCCAUCGUCUGUCUGGUGUGGGGCCUGGACUUCGUCCUCAUCCUGUCCCUGUUCGUACUGCAGACCCGGCUGCCCAAGUGCAGGACGGCCGUGAUGAACGUGUUCUGUGACAACCCGUCGCUGCUGAAGCUCUCGUGCGGCAACACCGCGCUCAACAACAUCGUCGGCCUGCUCACCACGGCCGCCAUGCAACUGCUGAGCGUGUCCGUGCAGCUGUUCUCCUACAUCAGGAUCCUGGUCGCGUGCAUUGGGUCCAGGAGAUCCGAGGCCAAGACCAAGGCCAUCAACACUUGCAUGUCCCAACUCAUCAUAUUCUGCAUAUUCGAAAUCGUGGGCACCUUCACCAUUUUAUCCCACAGAUUUAAAAACGUCUCGCCCGACUUGCAAAAGAUAAUGGGCAUGCUGAUAUUCCUUGUCAACCCUAUUCUGAAUCCCAUUGUCUAUGGGCUGAAGACGAGUGAGAUUAGGAACACACUACUGGCACUGGUAAAAAAUAAAAGAUCAGGCUGAGGCAGGAUUGAUACGUGUUGAGGUGAAGAAUACACACUUUUUUGGUCAGAUGUAGGAACCAUUCCUAUGUUCAUUAUCAACGCAUUCUGCUGCUACUUGACUAAUCUCCUCCUUUCCAUUCAGAUUUACGUUGUUUGUAAUCCACUUUAUAUCAAAGUCAUAUCAGUGUUUCCUUUCCCAAAAUGACACGACAUGGUCACAUGUACACUGAUAAUCUCACGGCAACCAGUGGUCAUAAUAGAUGAAAGAGAAAUGUCGCAAAGGUUGUAUAAAAUAUAACAAACAAUUGCAAGGUUUAUAAAACGUGCUGUUUAAAUGUAAUUAUAACAGGAAAAUAACAUGAACCAUUGUGAUGGGCAUAUGCUCUCCUGCUGUUGACAGGUUGUUUAGAGGCAAGGUAAGACAGACAAGGCCCAUGACACCACACCACUUCACACAAACACAGAAUCGUGGCUCUUUCUGGGCAUAUUCUAAAGCAAAAUUGUCCAACUCCACAAAACACUACAUUAUUAGUAGAUUGAUAAUAGCAAUACAUUGGCUGUAUUGAGUAAUAGGGGAGUUUACAACAAAUUGUUGUUAGGUUGUACUGUUUUGCAUGGAUCAUGUCAUCUUUCCCCGAAACUCUUCAGAAAUAUCACAUCAUACAUUUUGAAGGAUCAUUUAUUGAUGCAUUAUUUCUUCCCCACUAAAUAAAGAGUGCUAAGGCUGAUUUGCAUAUUGUGUGUCUCUGACCUAACUGACAAACAUCUCUGUAAAGCUACCUAGCUGGCACAUCAGAUGUAUUUGUACCUUCUUUGGGAAAUAAA